AUGUGCCAGGUGGAGGGCGGCGGCGGCCGCACUUUCGAGCUUCGCGUCCCGAUCGAGCUCGAGGCGCCGCUCUCGCUGCCGUCGGGCGAGCGGCUCGACGCGCUGCCGCCCCUCACGCUUCGCGUGCGUCACGGCAGCGGUUACCCGUCGAGCUCUCCGCCCGGCUUCGGCCUCCGCUGCUGCUGGCUCUCCGACGGCCAGCUCGAGGCCCUCGCCGCGAGCUUGGACGGCCUCGCCGCCGCCGCCGCCGGAGAGCUGUGCGUGAGCGCAUGGGCCGAGUGGCUCCGAACGGAGGCGGCGGGGCAGCUCGAGCUGCUCCAGGAGGGGGCGACGCUCUCUCUGCCGGCGGAGGGUGGCACCGGCCAGGCGGGCGCCGACGAGGCGACCGCCUCGGCGGGCGAGCGGCGCGCGCAGCGGUGGCCUCGCUCCCGCGCAGAGGUGCUCGCGCGGCUGCGGCAGCACGCGGCGGCGGCCGACGCGGCGGCGUGGGCGUCGGCGGUUCACGACUGCGGCGUGUGCUUCGACGAGUACGCUUCCCUCGACUGUACGCGGCUGCACGCCUGCGGGCACACCUUUUGCAAGAGUUGCCUGCGCGGCUACUGGAGCAGCCAGCUGCGCGAAGGCCACGCCACCGCGCUCCUCUGCCCGCACCCUGGCUGCGGCGCCGUCGCCUCGCCGCCCGAGGCCAAGGCCCUCCUCUCCGCCGGCGAGUACGAGACGUACGAGCGGCUGCUGCUCGCCGCGUCGCUCGCCGAGAUGACCGACACCAGCUGGUGCCCUCGCUGCGAGUACCCCGCGCAGCUCGAGCCGCGCGUCGAGGGCCGCGCAGGCCGCGUCGCCAUCUGCGGCACCCGUGAGCGUGAACAGAGCGUCGAGUCGGCCGAGUGGAUCCGCUCCAACGCGAAGGCAUGCCCCAAGUGCGGCGUCGCCACCGAGAAGAACGGCGGCUGCAACCACAUCAGCUGCCGCACGUGCAACUUCGAGUGGUGCUGGCUCUGCGGCUGCAAGUACGAGCCGGGCCACUACAAGAAUGGGCCGUGCGAGCAGUUCAGCCAGGACUUCUUUGACGAGAUCGACAUGACGCCGGAGGACUUCCGUGCAAACUACGUUGUGAUGAACCAUCAGUGA